AUGACUGCUGCUCGCAAACCACUUGGAGUGGCAACUCGUAGAGCGGUCACGCGUAUCCUCGGGUCUGCAGACUGUUUGCCAGACCGUAGCAAAGCUUCAAAGGUCCUGACGACCGUGGCAUGUAGACUACAGCUCUUCGUAUGCGAGCUGGAACGUGCUCGUUAUGAGCACUAUGGGCUGGGAAUUGAGGAGCUUCUCGAUAGGCUCCAUGAGCACUGCCAGCUUCUGGGCGUUGCCAGUCUUCAAGGUGGUGGUGUACAAUCAGGAUACGCCCUACUGUCAGAGCUCUCGGAGCUCCUUCAGGAACUAGAAUCAUCGGUGCUCCUUCUACCUGGACGAUUGGGCAGCGAUGCCCGGUACAAACCCGCGCUGGACGAGCUGCACGCGCUGCUGUCCAACGUCUCAUACUACCGCUUGGAAUGCGAAGAAACCAAAAGCCGCAUGGAGCUGGCGGUGAUUUACUCGCUUGAUCUCGACGUGGAGAUGGCCGAACGAGACCAGGAUGUGGACACUGAGCUGCUACAGCUACGAGAGCAGAUGCGGCAAGCGCUGCUACAGCAACAGCAACAGCAGAUGCAGCAGCCAAAGGACCUGGAAUUGGAAGACAAGUUGGGUCUGUUGUCGUACAGGGUACGGCAGGGCGCUCAGGUCAUGGCGUCAGGCGCUCGCCGGCGGCGAGAGGGGACGACCCGUGAUGACGCCGCCGCCGCCGCCGCCGCCGGCACCGCCGCCGCCGCCGCCAAUGGCCAUUCACCUGGAACAAACCCCCCGCCAUCACUUUUGUGUUCUCCAUCGUCAUCCGCAUCAGGCUUCGUGUCACCAUCCUCACCACCUGCGCUGCCGUACGGCGGUGGUGGCGGCAGCGGCGCCGGCACCGCCGCCGCCACGUCUGCAUCACGUGCGUUAAUGAGGCUUCACGCCGCACGUCAUAUCUCUAGGAACCUAGCAGCCCAGCACUUGGCCAAAUUGAAAGAGCAGCAGCGCCAACUGCAACUGCAUCACCCUGCGGCUGCUGACGUCACCGCCGCCGUACUUGACGACGAUGACGACUCAGACUUGCAGCCGGCUGCGCGGCGCCAGAAGGUGCUGACUGAUGCCUGUGCCGCCGAACCAGCUGUAAUCGUGGUUUCGGAGACGGCUGGGAUGCAGCUCCGAGACCUCGAAAACGGCGAAAAACCUGCAGCGGCGCAAGCAGGCGCAAUUGCAACGUGGCACGUAGCAGCUGUCCAGCAGCGUGGUGACGGCGAUCGACAGAGCGCUGAUGACUCAGCGACUGACGUCGAGCGCGCUGUCGUACUGGGAAGCUGGGAUGGCGCUACCACUACCGCCGCCGCUCCCACCGCCGCCGCUCCCGCCGCCGCCGCUGCCGCUGCCGCGGGCGGCAGUAACGGCGGUAGUAAUGUCAGCUUAGGUAGGAAAGCCUUCAGUGACGGCGGUAGUGGUACUGACAAUGACCCACGGGUCACAAGCGUCACUGCCGCGGCUGCCGCGACGGCGGCGGUGGUUAACGUUGUCCCUCGCGGCUUCGACCUUCCGCUCAGUAGUGCUGCCGCUGCCGCUACCGCUGCUAUUGCCGCUGCCACUACCGCUGAAACAGCGAUGGUGACGGCGCCUAGUGGUAACGGCACCGCCAGGGCGGCCGGCGGCAACACGGCGACCCACGACGGCCCAGUCGCGCAGGGAGCCCCGCCGCCGCCGCCACAGCAGCAGCAGCAGCAGCAGCAGCAGCAGCAGCCGUCCCUGAGGCCAACGGAGGCGAGUGUCAUGGCGCUGCGGAAGCUCAACCUGGUGACGACGCUGGCGGGGCUGUGGGAGGCGGGACGCCCCCUGGGCGCUGACAAUAAUUGUGCCGCGGAAGGGGCCGCAGAAGCGGAGGUAACGGUAGCGGUGGCGGAGGAAGACCGCGACGCCAGCGACUGCGAAGAUCACGGUCGCAGCAGCGGCGGCAGCGGCGGCGGCCAUGAGCUGCCUGCGCAACCGGCGCCGCCGCCGCCGCCUUCGCGGCGGCUGGUGGUGCCAGCACCCCCGGCGGCCUCGCCGCCGUCACCUGGGGGUCUGCAGGUCCACCGUACGGCAGCGGCGGCGGCAGUUAACCAUAGUCCAUUUUUGAUGCUGGCGAUGCAAGGCAGGGCGCCGAAGGCGCCGCCGCCGGCGGUCCUAGGCCGGCUGCUGGCGCCUCCGCCGGCGCCUGAGGACGCCGACCUGGAGGAGACCCCGGCGUCGCCGGCGGCGCCGCGUGACCUCGACAGCGGCGGCGUCGGCGGUGCUGACGGCCGCACCGAAACCGACUCCCUUACGCCGUACUCGCCAGCGGUGGCUGCGGCGGGAGGGCCCCCGCGGCGGCUCCGCGGCGGGGCCCCGGUGGCGGGAGGGGGCGUGGCGGCAGCAAUGGCUGCUGCUCCUGCACCGCUGCCGCUGCCGGAAGCUUCCGUACACUUGCGGGCUGUAGGUCUCCCCGGUUGCUUCGCGCCCCAUUGGAUUCCUCCUGGGCCUUUUGGGCUGCCGGCUGCCGUACAUGCCGCGGCUGGCGGGCUGUGGCUGGUGGGCGCUGGCGGGAACGAGGAGGGCGGCGGCGGCGGCGGCGGCGAGCUGCUCAAUUUCGGUCCCGACGUGCCGACAUUGGACCUCCAUCGGGAUAUCACUGGCUGGGGGCCCUGCCUGGGAAGGGGCGCCUUUGGGGCGGUGUACAAGGCCGUGUUCCGUAACAAGCCGGCCGCAGUCAAGGUACUUCACGGUGGCCCACGGGACAUAUCCAUGCUGUGUCGCUUACGUCAUCACCCCAACAUCAUCACGGUGUACGGCGCCGCCGCCGCGCCGCCAGACCACGUGGCCCUGGUUACGGAACUCAUGGAUUGCGACCUGUACGACUACAUUCACCGGCGACGCCAGAACUGCGUGCCCCUGGACGAGGUGCUGUCCAUCGCCCGAGCCAUCGCCGCAGGGCUUGCGGAACUGCACCCCGCCAUCUGCAUUGCCAGCGGCGGCAGCGGCAGCGGCGGCGGCGGCGGCGGCGGCGGCGGCGGCGGCGGAGGGGCCGAAGGGGGGGAAGGCGGUGCUGGAGGCAUCAACGAAAAGUGUGACAUUUACAGUUUUGGCGUACUGUUGUACGAGCUAAUCACCGGGAAGGAGCCUUGGGAGGGCUGCCACCCGCUGUACGCCAUGUGCCAGGUCCAGUCCGGUGUCACUCUGCAGCUCCCCUCCUCCCCCGCCCGCUGCCCCCCCGGCCUCCGGGCUCUGGUGCACCGGUGCUGGUCGUACCAUCACCACCAGCGGCCCUCUAGCCGGGAACUGCUGCUACAGCUGGACGAGCUGAUUGCGAGCAGGCAGCAGUAG